AUGUUAUUUAUCUUUGCAGCAAUUAUACUUACUGCACAUGCAGCUUCUUAUGGUGUUGAUAUUGCUGAAUCUAUUUCAACAUCAUCAAUUCAAUGUUUAAGAAAUCUUGGAUUUAAUUCCUUCUUCAUCUUUAGAGCUUGGAGAAGUCUUGGAUCAUUUGAUCCAAAUGCUAAAUCAAUUAAUGAAAAUGCUCUUGCUGCUGGAUUUAGUGCAAAGAAUAUUGAUGCUUAUUUCUAUCCAUGUUAUUCAUGUGGAGAUCCUGCAGGACAAGUAAAAUCAUUCUGGAAUCAAGUUACUUCUAAAAAACUUAAAUUCGAAAGAUUAUGGUUUGAUAUUGAAGGUAAAUGGUCUUCUUCUAAAUCAAGUAAUAGAAAAUUCUUUGAAAGUCUUACUAAUGAAGCUGCUGCUAUUGGUAUUAAAUCUGGAAUUUAUGCUUCCUAUUAUAAUUGGGAAGAUAUUGUUGGUUUAGACUAUAAAUUCAGUAGAGCUGGAAGUUGGCCAAUUUGGUAUCCACAUUAUGAUGGUAAGAAAACAUUCUCAGACUUUAAAUCAUUUGGUGGAUGGACUUCUCCUUAUAUGAAACAAUACAAUGGUGAUAUGACUGCUUGUUCUCAUGAUGUUGAUUACAAUUACAGACCAUAA